AUGAAAGCAGUUAUUAUUUUGGUACUCGUCGGCAUUGUUCUGGGCGCUCCCCAAAUCAAGGUGAGGCCCUAUAGGGAGCCCCAUGCACAUAUCUUUGCUGAGGUACGACCAGCAGGUCAGAAGCCCCAACAGCAAGGUGUCGACUUGGAGGUCAAGGAGCAAAAUCUUGUGGUAGAGACAAAGCCAGCUCAUCAAGCAUCUGCCGAGAGCCACGUCGUUGAAGCGGGGUUCAAGCCAGCUGCCGAGAGCCACGUCGUUGAGGUGGAGAUCAAGCAAGCGGAACAGAAGCCCCAGCACGUAGAGUUGGACAUCAAGCCCGUGCACGAGAGCGCAAGCCACGUGGUGGAGUUGGAGAUCCAACAGGCUGAUGCUCACCAGAAGCCCCAGCACAUCGAGGUGGAGCUGGUUGCAGGACAUAAGGGUGUGCAGAGCCAUCACGAAGUCGAAGUGGAGGUUAGUCCUGAGCAACAGCCCCCCCAUCAGAUUGAGGUGGAGAUCGUCAAGGGCGUUGCUAGCGAGGUGAAGCCGCCGCUGCCCCUCCACUCUGGGCAGCAGCUCAGCCUCAACAUCGGCCAAUAG